UGUCAAAAUUCUUCGAUCCCUCCUCAGAAAACUAUCAAUGGCCCCCGGUCUCGACUUCUUCAAGCCCGCUGACGCUGCCACUGAGGCCGUCUCCGCCCCCGCCCCUGUGGCCCAGCCCACGAAUGGAUCUGCGGUCGAGGCUGCUGCCCCCGCACUGGUGAAGGAGCCUUCCUCGCCAGCUGUCUACUACAACGCUCGCCUUGACCCGAAGAACUACCUUGAGGGCCCUCUCUCCACUGACGCUGCCACUCGUCUGCGCCAGUUGCUCGCUCGUCCUGGCAUUGUCAUUGCUCCUGGUAUCUGCGAUGGUAUCUCUGCACGCUGCGCCCUCGAGGCUGGCUUCGACUGCAUGUACCAGAGUGGUGCUGCCACCACUGCCAGCCGGCUGGGCAUGCCUGACUUGGCCAUUGCCACCCUCAACGACUUCGUUCAGAGUGCCCAGAUGGUUUGCUCUUUGAGCCCGUCUACCCCUGUUAUCGCUGAUGCUGACACUGGCUUCGGCGGCACUGCUAUGGUUGCCCGUACCGUUUACCAAUACAUUCGCUCCGGUGUUGCCGGCAUGCACAUUGAGGAUCAGGUCCAAACCAAGCGCUGCGGCCACCUGAUGGGCAAGCAAGUCGUCUCCCGCGAGGAGUUCCUCACCCGGAUCCGCGCGGCUGUCAUCGCCCGCGACUCCUUCCCUGGCGGCUCGGACUUCGUUAUCAUUGGCCGUACCGAUUCCGCACAGGUCCUCGGCAUGGAGGAGGCCGUCACCCGUCUGAAGCUCGCUGCUGACGCCGGUGCCGAUGUGUGCUUCAUCGAGGGUGUCAAGACCGCUGAGCUCCUCACGAGCACCGUCAAGGCGCUCGAGCCCAAGCCCGUCCUCGUCAACGUCAUCUCCGGUGGUCUCACCCCUUCUUUCACCUGCCAGGAGGCCGAGGCUCUCGGCGCGAAGAUCAUCAUCUUCUCCCUUGUCUCUUGCGUGGCUGCUGUGCAUGGUAUCCGUGCGGCUAUGCGCUCACUCAAGAAGACCGGCACGGACUUCUCCAGUGCGCAGGGCAUGGACCCCAAGGCCUUCUUCGAGGUCAUGGGUCUCCAGGAAGUUGUCGACCUCGACAGGCAGGCAGGCAGCACUCAUCUUGAGGUCGUCUAAAUCUUUGGCCUCGCUGCGCAUAUAUGCACUCCUGUUUCUGGUUUAGAUGGGGCUCCUGGUGAUAUCUUUGUUACAUCAUAUUCAUAUGUCUUACUCUCGAACAUCAUUGUACAUUUUUACUCGCACUGCGUCCUCUGUCAUCACUAGAUUUCUUAUUUCUAUUUCUUAUCAUACCGUGUUGUC